CGCAUCUCGGGUCCGAUCCGGAUCGCCUAGGUUUUUCGCUUCCGCGAUCGGCGAGGCGGGGGUGACGAUGCCCUGCUAGGCCUGGGUCGGAGGCGAUGAACAUCGUGUGGGGCGUUGCCGAUCUCCUCCGCAAGGCGCCCCCUCCCCCCGCGCCGGGUGGUGACGCCGGCUCGGCGCCCGCGCCCGCCGGCGGCCUCGACGACGCGCCCACACCCCGCGUUGUCUUCAGUGAUAGUCCAGAGGAGGGAAUCCUAAGUGUACUCUGGAAGAAGUAUGAGAAUGCAUUUGAUAAGGUUGAAAAGGAGAAAUCCCUUCAAAUUUUUAUCUUACAAUUUGUAGAGACAUUCAGAGAUUGGGGACCAUGCCCGAUCGAGCAAUUGGUUGGUCAAAAAUUAGGAUCUGACGCAACAAUUGCCGGAUGCUCUUGUGGGCAUCCUUCUGAUGUCAUUCUUAUUCUGAUUCAGGAGAUUUCUCUAAUUACGUCAACUAUUGUUGAAAGUGGCAACAGUCUGGAAUCUCCUGCAAACCAUCAUUCAGGGCAACCAACAAACCUGGGAUUAAGCACACAAAUACUACAAGUUCUGGAGUGCUUGGCAAUUCUGACUCGCUCCUUGCAUAACUGUAGAGUAUUUAGCUACUAUGGUGGUGUGCAGAAGAUUACUUCUCUACUAAAAGCUGCAGUUGCUCAGCUCAGAAACUUGAACAGUUUGCUGGCUGCAGAUGACCAAUCUUCAGAUGAAGCAAUGGGAAAUACUAGGCUGAUGCUAAGUAUACUUGUAUGCAUAAUCACAAUAAUUUCAAACUUCAUGAAGUUGGAAACAACAACCGCAAGGAUACCCCAUAUUGUCGAGACCACUAAGCAUACCCCAUCAAAAAGCCACUUGGCUGCAGUUACUUCUAGUUCUCCAGAUAACACCAUUUCCGAUACAGUUCGACAUUGGCAGCAGAAGGCAAUUGUUCUUGUGAUGGAAGCCAGUGGUGUCAAUUGGUUAGUAGAACUCUUACGUGUCAUUCAAAGGCUGAAUUUGAAAGAGCAGUGGAAUGAUCUCUCACUUCAUUUUAUCACUUUGUGCACUCUGCAAUCAACUGUUUCUGGCACUCGUGCUCAGAAUCAUCUCAGAAGCAUUGGUGGUCUGGAAAUUCUAUUGGAUGGACUAGGACUUCCUUCUAGUAAAUUUUCAGUUUUGAAGCAUUCAUCUAUCUCAAGAAAUGAAAGGGGUGAAAUACUUCUGCUCCAGAUACAGUAUUUGCAAAUUCUAAGUGAGGCAGUAUUUGCCAACGUCAACAAUUUGCAUUUUUUAUGUGAAAAUGGACGGGUACACAAAUUUGCAAACUGCAUUUGUUGGCCUGCAUUUAUGAUUAAGAAGUUCCAUCAGCAAAAGGAUAACACCAUGGCUUCACACGCACUAGAUUCUGUCUCUGGUCCAAUUUGUUUUCUUGAUAUAACUGAAUGGAAUGACUACUCUGUCAAGUUGAGCAACGCCCUUUGUUCUUUUAUUCUUCCUUCAAAGGAUAUUGAUUACUGGUCCGAUGAAAUAGCUGUCAGCCAAAUUGCACUAUCUAUCCCAUCGGCAUACCUGGAGCAAUCUGUGAGAUGGAUCAUUAGGAUUCUUAUGACUGUCUUUCUAUGUAUCAGAGCUUGUACCAGUGAAUCUGCACUACCGAACCACAUAAAGAUUUUUGCAAAGACCGUUCAACAUUACAUCAUUCGCAUGUUCAAAAGGGUUCUUAUUUCAACACCAGCUCUACUCCCAGCUUUUCGAGAGGAAGGGCCAGAAUGCUCGGCACUGCUGGAUGCACUUGAACAUUGCAUUUCUGAUCCUUUGACUGUCAGCACUCUUCUAAAAAGCUUCCGUGUAAUUCUACAACUCGCCACAGAGCAAACUUUAGCUUCAUUUGAAUCAUUGGAUGUGAUUACAAGAGUCCUUAAGGCUGCUUGCCAUCAGGCACAAGAACUACGGAACUUUAGCAAUUUUCUUUGUUCUAAUGUCAUGAUCACUGAAGAUGUUUCCCAGUGUAAAAGUAUUGAAGACAGAACUGAGAACGCUCUUAUGUGUACAGAGUUAGCUUUGAGCCUCUUUACGGAAUAUGUCACUAUAUCGGUAGAUGGAAGAAUUCUUGUUUUACACAAUGCUGACUGUAUUGAGUGUUUAUUUGACUUGUUCCAAGAACAGAACCUUCGAAAGCAUGUGCUGGAACAGGUUCUUGCCUUAUUUAGGUUGCCUUCAUCGUCAGCACAAGAUCAUACAGCAAAGUUGCAGUUAUGCUCCAAAUAUUUAGAGAACUUUGCACGAGCAAAUGAAAAAGAAAAGGUCGACUCAGAGUUGUUGAUUGAUCUUCUGGUCAGCAUGAGAGAGAUCAUAAUGAUGGAUCACAUGUACUAUCAAAAUCUGUUUCGCAAUGGAGGGUGCUUUCUGCAUAUUGUCUCUUUGUUGAAUGGAAAUAUCAAUGAGGUGACUGAUGAGCAGCUUAUCCUUAAUGUCCUUGAGACAUUAACUUUACUACUUAAAGGAAAUGAUGCAUCCAAGGGUGCCUUUAGAUUGCUAGUUGGUGCAGGUUAUCAAACAUUACAGAGUUUGGUACUCGAUUUCUACAAAUGGUCACCAAGUGAGAGACUCUUUGAUGCAUUGCUUAGCAUGCUGGUUGAUUGCAAGUUCGAGUUAAAUGAGAAAACGACUAUAAAGAAUGAAGACGCUGUUGUAUUACUUCUGAAUAUUUUACAGAAGAGCAGCGCAUCGCUUCAGCACUAUGGGCUUGUGAUCUUGCAGCAGUUGCUCAAGCAAUCCAUUACAAAUAGAACCUCUUGUUUCAGAGCCGGAUUGCUAAGUUUUCUUCUUGAUUGGUUUUCAAUAGAGGAAAAGGAUGAUACAGUUAUUGAAAUUGCAGAGAUAAUACAGAUACUUGGUGCACACAGUAUAUGUGGCAAGGACAUUCGGAAAAUCUUUGCCCUCUUGCGCUGUGAGAAGAUUGGUGCCAAACAGGAGCACACUUCUUUGCUUCUGACAAGUCUGAGUCACAUGCUCAAGGAAAAGGGUCCAGAAGCUUUCUUUGAGUUCAGUGGCCAUGAUUCUGGUAUAGAAAUAAAAUCACCCUUCCUAUGGCCUUACAAUAGAGGUCUAUCAUUUUCUUGCUGGUUAAGAGUUGAAAACUUCCCAGACAACGGUAUGAUGGGCCUUUUCUCCUUUUUCACAGAAGAUGGAAAGGGGUGCUCAGCUGUGCUUAACAGAAGUGCUUUAGUAUAUGAGUCUAUCAAUCAGAAACAUCAGUGUGUUUUGUUACCACUCAAGCUCCCACCAAAGGAAUGGAAAUUCCUUUCCGUUACUCAUACAAUUGGGAGGGCUUUCUCCGGAGGAAGCCAGCUGAGGUGUUACGUAGAUGGGGAGCUAGUGUCAUCCGAGAAGUGCGGGUAUGCAAAAGUCAAUGAAGCAAUGACGCACUGCACCAUUGGUACAGAAUUGGUGCCUGUUGGUGAAGAACCCAUCUCAAUUGGUUUCGAAAAAACUUUUGCCUUUGCAGGUCAAAUGGGCCCAGUCUAUGUGUUUUCUGAUGCCCUUUCUUCAGAGCAAGUAAAGGGCAUAUAUUUUCUUGGACCUAGUUACAUGUACUCUUUCCAUGGUGAUGAUUCACUCUACAGGGGAAUUCUUGAUGCAAGAGACGGCCUUUCAUCAAAGAUAAUUUUUGGUUUCAAUGCACAGGCUAGUGAUGGCCGCAGUUUGUUCAGUGUGUCAUCAGCACUUGAUAAUGCAGACAAAAGUACAUUUGAAGCAGCAAAUGGGGGAACAAAGUUAUGCUCGCGGCACUUGCCUCAGGACAUUAUUUACUGUGUUGGUGGUGUCUCUGUAUUUUUCCCACUCUUCACUCAAUUUUUUGAUGCUGCAACUGAUGUUAUGCAAUCUUGCCAUUCAUCUGUCAACAAUGACAAAUUGGCAGCUGAGGUCAUUGAACUAGUCGCAACUGUUCUGGAUGGAAAUGUAUCGAAUCAACAACAGAUGUAUCUUCUUUCUGGGUUACCUAUUCUAGGCUUCUUGCUUCAAUCAGCUACACCACAGCUCUUAACAACCAAAACUCUUUCCGCACUAAAGUAUAUGUUCAACAUUCUAAGGAAAUGCGGCAUGUCAAAAGUUCUCCUGAAAGAUGCUAUCUCACAUAUUUAUUUAAAUCCACAAAUAUGGGUGUAUGCAAGCUAUGAAGUACAAAGGGAUCUUUAUAUGUUUGUGAUAAAAUAUUUUGAAACAGACGGGAGGCUUUUACCACUUCUAUGUGGACUUCCUUGGAUUAUUGAUAUUGUGUGCCGAUAUUACUGGGAAAAGGCUGAUUCUAGGCAUGUUGUUGCUUCCAAGCCUUUGCUGCAUCCAGUUACCAAAGAAGUUAUCGGAGAGAGACCUAAGAUAGUUGAAAUUCGCAAGCUUCGUCUUCUCUUUUUAAGUUUAGCAGAAAUGAGCUUAAAGCUAAGAACUUCUCCAGAUGACAUAAGAGCGCUUGUAGCGUUUUUCGAGAGGAGUCAAGACAUAGCAUGUAUAAGAGAUAUACUGGACACUAUCAUCCAUGCUCUUUCACAGGGAUCAGUUUUGUCAUCCUUUGUGGAGAACGUAAAUUGCCUUGGUGGUUGUUGCAUUUUCGUUAAUCUUCUUAAGAGAGAAUUUGAGCCAGUCCGUUUGUUGGGGCUUCAGCUCUUUGGAAAGCUCUUGGCUGGGGUUACUUCUGAGAAGAAAGGAACAAAAUUAUUUUCCUUACCCUUAGUGCAGUCUAGAUGCAUCUCUGAUAACCUCAUGAAAGAAAUAACAGCUUCACCUCAAUUGUUCUUCUGUACAAUAUCUGAAAGGCUAUUCAAAUUUCCUCUAUCCGACAAUUUAUGUGCAGCUCUUUUCAGUUUUCUUUGUGGAACCACUCCACAGCAGAUCCUCCAGGAAAAUUCUCAGCCUGAUCCAUCAAGGGAUAAAAAUUGCAACCUUUCGAGCUUGCCACCCUUUUCCCUUCCUCAGAUUUUGGUCUGCAUCUUUAGAUAUAUGCAUUCUUGUCAAGAUUCCUCAGCACGCAGAAGAAUCUUAAAUGAUCUUCUUGGUUUGCUGGACUCAAACCCUUCAAACAUUGAGGCCUUAAUGGAGCACAGUUGGAACUCUUGGCUUGAAACAUCCACAAAGCUUGAUGUAUUUAAGGACUACAAAUCAGUUUUUAAAGGUGAGCUCGAUGAUGUGGAGACAGAUGAACUAAAUCUUGUGAGGAACUUGUAUUCUGUGGUCCUUUCAUACUACCUGCGCUCUGUUAGAGGUGGCUGGCAUCAACUCGAGGCUACUGCUAAUUUUUUCCUUUUCAAACUUGACCAGGGACAGCUAUCAAGCCUUGAUUUGCUGAGGGACAUAUUUGAUGAUAUCGCGGGGAGCCUGCUUCAGAAAUCUCUGGAAGAUAAUAUUUUCCUUUUUCAGCCUUGCUGUGAUAAUGUAUUGCAUUUUUUGGACCUUAUACAGGAGUUGCUUGUCAAUCAAAUGGGAAUUAAGCUCUUGUUUCCGUCUCCCAGUCUAUCAGAGGAAUCUUCACAUGAAAACAUGUGGAAAGAAGAUAUUAAGUCAACAGUAAAUGAUAUUUUAAAUACUGAGAGCAAUGGUCAAUGUACAAGCUUGCUUUGGACGGCUUGCAAAUAUUCUUAUGGAAAUGAUGUCAGUGAUGAUCGGUGGAGCUUCUUUGACAAGGUGUGGAGUAUUAUAUGUAAUUUGAAUGGAAAAGGACCAAGCAAAUUGCUGCAGAAGGAUCCAAAUGUUGAGGUUGCAUCUUUGGGGCAAAGGCCGUGUGAAUUGGUGGAGUCUGUAAAUGUCCCUGCUGCUGAAAAGGCUGCUGCUGUUGUAUCUGGAGGUAUCGGUACUGCAUUAGGUGUAAAAGUGAAUAGAUUUGCUGAGAAAACUAUAACGUCAAGGGAGGAGAUAAUUCCAAGAGUUUUCUUCCACCUUGUGAUUCUGUACCUCUGCAAAGCUGGAUCAGAAAAUGCAUCCAAGUGUGUCCUGCAGUUCAUGUCAUUGCUUCCAAUUCUUCUUAUUUCAGAAGAUGAUCAAAGCAAAAAUAAGCUCCACUUUUUGAUCUGGUCUUUACUAAUCGUAAGAUCUCAGUAUGGGCAGCUUGAUGGUGGAGCACGUUUCCAUGUUUUUUCACACUUGAUUCUGGAAACUAUCAUAUAUGGAAACUCUAUGUUGGUUACUAAUAUCUUAGGCAGAGAUGGUUCUAUGGAAGUCAAGAACAAUAAAGAGACUGGAUUCAUUCUUAGCUUUAUACAGAAGGAUCGUGUUCUUGCCGCGGCUGCUAAUGAGGUUAAGCACAUGAAGGCUGUUCAGGCUGAUCGCUUAAAGCAGCUGCAGGAACUUCAGUUUAUGCUUAAUGAGAGUUCCGCAAAGGAGACAUGGUUAGUGCAGGCUAUUGAAGAUGAGAUACGUUUUACUGUCACUGCUGUCCUUUCAGCAGAUGACAGUAGAAAAGCAGCUUCUCAGCUUGCUUUCCGUGAGGAGCAGCAAAUGAUCGCGGAUAAGUGGAUACAUAUUUCCCGUGCUUUGAUGGAUGAGAGGGGACCAUGGUCUGCUAACCCUUUGCCGAAUGAUGUUGUGACUCACUGGAAACUUGACAAGACAGAGGAUAAAUGGCGGCGGCGGUUCAAGCUCAAGCGUAAUUACAAAUUUGAUGAACGCCUAUGUCAACCUUCACAGUCAAAGAAUGAAAGUACAUGUCCUUCAGCUGACCAACCAUACAUUAGUGCCAAAAUUCCUGAGAAAAUGAAACGAUUCCUUCUUAAAGGAGUACGGGGAAUCACAGAGGACAGUGGCUAUGAACCAUUUGAAGACACUAGCGAUGCGAAUGAAUCUACCCAGAGUAAUCCUUUAGAGAACCAAAACCUGAAUAAUGCUGCAGAUUCCUCUGAUUAUCACGCUACUGUACACGACAAGAAAGAGCCAUCAUCUACUAAUGGAGAUAAUGAUUAUACAAAGGUUCUAUGUUCAGUUCGUUGUGUUCUUGUAACCCCAAAGCGAAAAUUAGCAGGAUACUUAGAUAUCACACGAACUGUUAUGCAUUUUUCUUUUGAAUUUUCGGUUGAAGGAACUGGAGGAUCAUCUGUAUUCAGCAAAUUUAAAGACAAAAAAGAUUCAGAUUGCAAGAACGAUCUGGGAGGUUUGGACAGACUUGAUGGAUGCCGAGAUGGUAUGAUUGAAACCAAUGGUGUCUUGAUGCAAAACCAAUCAAACAAGAUUAAACGUCACAGAAGGUGGAACAUAGCCAAGAUAAAAGGAGUUCAUUGGACACGCUACCUACUACAAUAUACUGCGAUGGAGAUUUUCUUUGAUGAUUCAAGGGCACCUAUAUUUUUAAAUUUUUCCUCCCAAAAGGAUACUAAAAAUGCUGGGACUCUGUUGGUUUCUCUCAGGAAUGAAGCUUUGUUCCCGAAAGGAAGUACCAAAGGCAAAAAUAGUAUCAUUUCAUUUGUCGACAGGCGAGUUGCUCUUGAGAUGGCUGAGAAUGCUGGAGAAAGAUGGAAAAGGAGGGAGAUCAGUAACUUUGAGUACCUUGUGAUUUUAAACACCCUUGCUGGAAGAUCUUACAAUGACUUAACUCAGUAUCCUAUAUUUCCAUGGGUAUUGGCUGAUUACACCUCAGAAAAGCUUGAUUUCAACAAGUCAUCAACUUUUAGGGAUCUUUCAAAACCAGUUGGUGCUUUGGAUGAAAACCGUUUCAAGGUUUUUGAAGAUAGAUAUCUUAGUUUCUGUGAUCCUGAUAUACCAAGUUUUUAUUACGGAUCUCACUACUCUAGCAUGGGAAUCGUUCUUCAUUACAUGCUUAGGCUCGAGCCAUUUACAACUCUGCAUCUAAGCUUUCAGGGUGGCAAGUUUGACCAUGCUGAUCGUCUGUUCCAGAGCAUUGAUAGCGCUUACAGAAAUAGCUUAUCAAGUACAAGUGAUGUCAAAGAGCUUAUUCCAGAAUUCUUUUACAUGCCUGAGUUUCUUGAAAAUUCAAAUUCAUAUCAUCUUGGUGUUAAGCAGGAUGGUGAGCCUAUAGGCAAUGUUGCUCUCCCUCCAUGGGCGAAGGGUUCGCCUGACAAAUUCAUCCACAUCAACAGAGAAGCCCUUGAAAGUGAAUAUGUGAGCUCUAAUCUCCAUCACUGGAUUGACCUCAUCUUUGGUUACAAGCAACGUGGACAGCCAGCUGUUGAGGCAGCAAACAUAUUUUACUAUGUGACAUAUGAAGGUGCAGUUGAUCUGGAAAAUAUGGAUGACAUGUUGCAUAAAUCUGCUAUUGAGGAUCAGAUAGCGAAUUUUGGACAGACACCAAUCCAGAUCUUCCGGAUGAAACAUCCAAGAAGAGGACCUCCCAUCCCAAUUGCUCAUCCACUGUAUUUUGCACCACAGUCGAUAACAAUGACUUCGAGUGUUUCUAGGUCAAUCAGCCACAUGUGUGCUGUGCUAUUUAUAGGUUUGUUGGAUAAUACAGUUGUAUUGAUGAAUGACGGUCUCAUAUUGUCAGUAAAGCUGUGGUUGACAACACAGCUGCAGUCAAUUGGAAAUUUCACAUAUUCUGGACCACAGGAACAUUUAUUUGGAAUCAGUUCAGAUGUUAUCUCUCCUCGUAAAAUUGGCACUUUCCUUGCUGAAAACGUCGAGUUUGGAAGACAUUGCUUAGCAACAAUGCAAAAUAAUGGUGACAAUUAUUUGAUUUUAUGCGGAAAUUGGGAGAACAGUUUCCAAAUAAUUUCUCUUAGUGAUGGAAGAAUUAUGCAGAGCAUCAGGCAACAUAAGGAUGUUGUUGGCUGUGUGGCAGUUUCAUCUGAUGGAAACGUGGUUGCAACUGGUGGUUAUGACACAACUGUUAUGAUCUGGCAUGCAUUUCGAGGAAGACCAAUUGAUAAGAAAUUGAGGACUGCCAAUUUUGAACUUUCAGAAAAGGAACAUGUUAUAGUGGAAAGGCCUGUUCAUAUCUUUUGUGGUCAUGAUGACAUCAUAACAUGCUUAUUUGUUAGCACGGAACUGGACAUUGUAAUUAGUGGUUCAAAAGAUGGGACUUGUAUUUUUCAUACACUGCGUGAAGGGAGAUACGUUCGGUCCAUUCAGCAUCCUUCUGGUGUUGGUUUGUCGAAAUUGGUUGCAUCACAGCAUGGGAGAGUGGUAUUAUAUUCUGAGAAUGACCUCUCGUUGCACAUGUACUCCAUCAAUGGAAGACAUAUUGCUUCUUCAGCCACCAGUGGACGUCUCAAUUGCAUGGAACUUAGUUGUUGUGGUGAGUUCAUUGCUUGUGCUGGUGAGAAGGGACAGAUAGUGUUACGUUCUAUGCAUUCUCUGGAUAUUGUUUGGAGGUAUGAUGGAGCUGGGAAGACAAUUACUUCUUUAGCUGUGACCCCUGAGGAGUGCAUCCUAGCAGGAACCAAGGAUGGUAGCUUGCUAGUGUUCUCAAUAGAAAACCCUCUCCAUCGAAGGGGGAGCAUGCAACGAAAUAGAAUAAAGACCUCCACAACUGGUUAAGUUUCAUGUACUUCUGGCAGCAAGAAAAAUCCACCAGAUGAAAAAUUAUAGCUUCAUGUAAGGUCAUUACCAGCUUAUAGAACUGUUCUCGCGACAAUGUAGUCUGUACAUAAUAGUUGUCUUUCAAGAUCACUACAUAAAGCUGGCAUUCAGGAAUGAGCAUUGUCAAGAUAUUCAGCUGCUGAUGGCCAUUGAGCGCUCAAUCUGAAUGCAUCGAACUUAUGUGCUGAACACUGAUUGGCACUAGAUCCAUAGUUGACUUCAGGGUACGUCAAGAUAUUCAGCUGGUGAUGGCCCUUAAGCGCUCAAUCUGACUGCAUCGAACUUACGCGCUGAACACUGGUUGACACUAGUUGACUUUAGGGUAGACGCGUAGCAUCUUCACUUCUCCAGCCUACACGAUGUUAGCGGGCGGAGCACUCCACUUCAGUUGUUUGUGGAGAGGCUAGACAGACUCCCUGCAAGAGUCCUUGUACGUAGGGUUCUCUGCCACUGUUCUGAAAUCUGAAUGUGUCUACCUCCGUUGUGCCGAA